AUGGCAACACAUAAGAGAACCCGGACCGGAUGCUGGACGUGCAGGGAGGCCGGGUACAAAUGCGACGAGCAGAAGCCAUUUUGCGGCCGCUGUAUGAGACUGAAGAUUACAUGCAAAGGUUACGGGGUCAGGUUGAAGUGGCAGGAGGGUGCUGUCAGCACUCUAACAAAAUCGCGAAAGAGUCGGAAGAAGAAAUCUCUUGAGCAAGAUUUUGCCUUGAGCCCAGCUUCAGUCAACAGCUUUUCUUCAAUGCCUUUGAUCGUCUCUACCCCUGAAAACAUACUCUCGUCGCCGGGAUCGACGAAAAGCUUGCCUUUAUUACCACUCAACAGCCCCAGACUGUCAUACGGUCUAUCGCCAGACGAUAGAUGGCUUCUCGAUUACUGGGUAGAUCGACUUUCCGCCCUCAUAUCAGUGGCUCCCAAUAUGGGUAUUUCUACUCCCUUUCAGCGACACCUGACGGCUAUGGCAUGCGAAUCUGCUGCGCUCAGAUCCACGAUCCUCUCCAUGGCCGCGAACCAUCUUGCAACAUCUUCAAAAGACCCGUUUCUGUAUUUCCAGAGGUACCGCCAUCAACGAGACGCUAUACGUGAACUCCAACGCAUGAUCCAGGACCCAUCGGAAAUGAAUGCUGAGCCAGCGCUGGCGACUGUUAUGAUGAUGCAGGUAUCUGCGCGACUUUUCGGCGAAGACGAUGAAGAAUGCGUUGCCAAUCAUCUGAUUGGUGCAAAGGCGAUGAUUGUUAGGAGCCAAGGAGAGAAUUGGCUGGAUAGCUCGCGUGCGCGAUUUUUAAUGAGCAUCUUCGCAUACCACGAUAUCUUAUCAUCCGUUUCCAGAGGAUCAAACCCCUUGCUGGACCACGAGACCGAUUUUUCGGCUAUCGAAGGGGAGGAGAGCCUAGCAAGCAUUGCGAACGUGCUUUUGGUAGUUGGCCAGAUUAGUCAAUUGCAACAUACCAUCAAGACGAGGAGGUCACGGUCGCCAACAAGUCCAGCUCUAUCGGAAAACGAAAACACAACCGGCAGGCAUAUCCAGCAGAAGUUACUGGGUAUGGAUCUGAGCUUUUGCAAGCAUGAAAAUGUUCAGGGAAGCGCAGACAUCAAGCUGACAGCUGAAGCAUACCGCCACGCCGCUUUCAUCUACCUCUACCGGACCUGGCUUGAUAUCGGCGCCCCGAAUCCCAUCAGCAUGGAUCACAUUAAUCAAUGCCUAGCAUACUUGCAGCAAGUCAAUGUUCGCUCGCCGCUAACCACCUCACACAUAUGGCCGCUCUUUACUGCAGGAUGUGAGGCAAUCGACAGCACACAGCGACAGUUUGUGCGGGAUCGGUUUGAGGAAAUGUAUGCAGUCAAGCGCUUCCCGAGCCUGCGAAGAGUCAUGCGGGAUAUCGAGCAUGUGUGGGAGGCCAAGGAUAUGGAACAAGAGAUGAAAGGCAAGGAUGGUAUGGCCAAGGUGGAUUGCAUACAGGUUAUUUUGAAGAAGAGAGGACGAGAGGUGGAUCUAGCAUGA